AUGGUUUUGAAUGCUCCAGUUCAAACAGAACCAGUUUAUCGAAAAGUGGCUAUUGUUGAAAACUUUUUCGAUAUCAUUUAUAAUGUACAUGUGGAAUUAGAAGGACGGCCAGGAAAACAUGCUGGACAAAAACGUACAUACAGAACGAUAACAGAAACAUAUGCAUUUUUACCACGUGAAGCAGUCACAAAAUUCUUACUAGGAUGCACAGAUUGCCAACGACGUCCAAGAUCACCAUCACCAUUAACUAGUUUAAUAUCUAUUCAAUCGGCACAACAACAACAACAAAAUCAACCGAAAUUUCUUCUACCUCCAACAAAUAAUGCAAUACGAACCACAACAAAUGACAAAUCAAAUAAUAAAAAUGAAACAGCAUUUCCUGCCAAUUUCGAUACACCAAAACCAUUAAUUACAACACCACCAAAAUCAAAUUUUUCAAGUAUUGCUGAUUUAUCAACAAGUACAGUUACACCAAAAGAUACUGAUUCCGAUUAUACCGUAUGUGAUUUAAGUGAUAAGCAACUUGGUGAUGAUAAUGAAACACCGAAAACACGAUAUUUGGGCCCGUUACGACGUAAUAUAUUAGCAAAUCAAUUUGUUAAUGAUUUACGUAAAAAUAAUACAAAGACACCAUCUCCGCCAGAAAAAAAUGGUGAAUUUGAUUAUAAUUUACCAAUCACAACCACGUAUUUGAAACAUAUGCGGACUUUGGGGUACACGGAUGAGGAUGCAUUGAAAUUUGAAAGAUAUGAAAAUAUGUCUACGCCAGAACCUCCCGAAAUUCAAGAAGAAGAUCCUUAUGCUGGCUCAUUGAUGAAAGAUGGUGACAAACUCAAGAUGAUAUUGCUCGCAUGGAAUUAUCACAAUCAAGCUACACAAGGUGGACGUAAUAAUGGCAGUGGAGUUGAUAGUAACAAUGCUCCUGCUGGCGGUUUAAUACCAGAACUUCCACAAUUGGCUGGUGUAAAUCCCGAAGAUAUGGCAGGUUUAUGGGCUAGUUAUCAUUCAGCACUUGGACUAAAUAAAGGUGGACUGUUGAAACCAUCAAAUACGCCACCGGCACCGUCACAUCGGGAGCCAAAUAGUCCUGUAAUGGUAGAAACUGGAUCUGCUCAUGAUGAAACUUCGUCCAGCGGUAACAAGGAAGAUGAAGAUGACGAAGAUGAUGAAAGUGAUGAAAGAAUUGACACGCAUUCUCAUCAUGAUCCAGAACGGCUGAAAGCAUUUAAUAUGUUUGUAAGACUAUUCGUGGAUGAAAAUUUGGAUAGAAUGGUACCCAUUAGUAAACAACCAAAAGAAAAAAUACAAGCAAUUAUCGAUUCAUGUACAAGACAGUUUCCAGAAUUUGCAGAACGUGCCCGAAAGCGAAUACGAACAUAUUUAAAAUCCUGUAGGCGGAAUAAGCGUGCACGAGAUCCAAGUACACCUUGGGAUGCGACUCGACCAACACCUGCCCAUUUAACUUCAGUACAAGCCGAACAAAUAUUAGCAACAGCCUGUGAGAAUGAGAGCAUGAAUGCAAAACGAAUGCGAAUGGGAAUGGAGCCUGUAAGUCAACCUAUGCCAGUGCUUCCUGGAGCAACUACAACAGAUUCAACAGCACCAGUCACGCCAAAUCGAAGUAUGGAUUUCACAACAAGUGCUGUUACAUCUGGAGUAAAAGUUGAAACCACCGAAACGUCCUCAUUUACGCCGUCUAGUACACUUACGCCAGUUAGCAAGGGUGGAGGAGGUUUAUCGUUAAUAUCAGAUGCAAAAUCGCAAGGAUUAGGAAUAACAGCAAAUAGUCUAGUAACAUCGUCCGUAACAACAAUGAAUGGAUUAGCAGCUGGCGGAGUUGGUAGUACUGUUGGAACUGCAGCACCCACUGCAAUGUAUAGACCAAAUUUUACGCAAGCAUUUCAAAGAGCUGGAGCGACUGGUCCAUAUCCACCAACAAGUGCGAUAUUUCCAUCCACCAACACACAACAAGCAGCAUUUAAUCUUGCAGCUGUAUCACAAAAUUCCAGUUUAUUGCCAAACGGACCAACAGACUUGAGUAUGAAACAAGGACCACAACCACAAAAGCCAUUAUUAACGCACAAAUUAAGCGGUGGUGAAAUGACAGCUGUGCGACAACUCAUUACUGGAUACCGAGAAAGUGCAGCAUUUUUAUUACGAUCCGCUGACGAACUCGAACAACUUUUAUUGCAACAGCAACAACAAUAGAAUUAUGUUUAGAUAUAUUGAAAAAUUGAUAUUGUUUGUGUGUUUUACAAAUGAAUUUAUAGUCAAAAGCAAAAAUACAAAAUUUAUUUUUAUUUAAAACAAUCUAUGGAGCAUGUGUGAGGGCGUGUGUGGGAGGAAAUCUCCUUUGAUUGAAUGUGUUGUGCAAUACUUUUAAGUUAAAAAUUUUGCGUAAAGCUACGAAAAU